AUGGGGGCCCAGGCAGCCCCGAGGAUAAAGUCUGCCAAAGAGAAGCGGCUGUUCGGGCCCACGGUGAAGAUCACCACGCCCGAAGCCAUCAUCGAGGGGAGCGCGCUCCCCUUCAUCGGCUCCGCUGGCGGCUUCGUCGAGAACUUCAAAGGGAUCCCCUUCGCCCAGCCUCCCGUGGGGAACAACCGCCUCAGACCUCCAGUGCCGCUGGACCCGAACCAUUCCCUGGGAAACGUGGAUGCCACGACGUUAUUGCCCAAGCAGUGCCCGCAGUUCUUGCUCGGCGAGGACAUACAGAUCCCAAACGUCCCGGGGGUCGCGGCUGAUGUCCUGGAGACGGUUGUCGACUCGCCGCUGCUCAAGAAUAACAUCAUCGGGGGGCAGGAGGACUGCCUGACCAUCAACGUGCAGCGGCCUGCGGGCACCAAGGAAGGGGACAAGCUGCCCGUGAUGCUGUGGAUCUUCGGGGGCGGAUUUGAGCUCGGCAGUACGGCUAUGUAUGACGGUUCGAAUGUUGUCGCGCGGUCGGUUGAGCUGGGCAAGCCCGUCGUUUUCGCCGCGGUGAACUACCGGGUCGGCGGGUUCGGAUUUCUGGGCGGCAAAGAGAUUCUUGCUGAGGGCAGUGCCAAUCUGGGCCUGCUGGACCAGCGGUUGGGCAUGCAAUGGGUCGCUGAUAACAUCGCGGCGUUCGGUGGCGAUCCCGACAAAGUCACUCUGUGGGGCGAGAGUGCUGGCUCAAUCUCCAUCUUUGAUCAGUUGAUCGGCAACAAUGGUGAUAUCACGUACAAGGGAAAGCCGCUUUUCAGAGGGGCGAUCAUGAAUUCUGGCUCCGCCGUACCGACUGAUCCAGUUGACAGUGCCAAAGCACAGCAAGUUUAUGACGCCGUAGUCCAGGGAGUGGGAUGUGCGGGAGAGGCAGACACGUUGCAAUGCCUUCGCAAGGCAGAGUACCAGAAACUCCUCACUUCUAUGAACUCCGUGCCAGGGAUUCUCUCAUUCAAUGCCCUUGCCCUGUCCUACCUGCCACGACCAGACGGCAAGUUCCUGGUGUCGUCGCCCGAGGCGUUUGCGGCCUCUGGGAACCUCCCUCAGGUCCCCUUUAUCCUCGGCGACCAGAAGGACGAGGGCACCCUCUUCGGCCUCUUCACUAGCAACAUCUCCACUUCUGACGACUUCAAGGACUAUCUCAAGACACUGUACUUCACCAACACGGACCCCAAGAUCGUCGAUCAGUUUGUGGACAUCUACCCCGAUGACCCGGCCCAGGGCUCCCCAUUCGACACUGGCAACGAGAACGUCAUCUACCCACAGUUCAAGCGCGUGGCCGCCCUCCUCGGCGACGCCGUCUUUACCAUGUCGCGCCGCGCGGUGCUCAACAUCACCACGGGCCUCCAGCCGGGCGUCAAGCGCUGGUCGUACCUGAGCCAGUACGACCAGGGGACGGCCGCGCUGGGGACCUUCCACGGAAGCGACCUCAUCCAGGUCUUCUACGGCAUCAAGGACAACUUCGCCGCCUCCGCCAUCCUCAACUACUUCCUCAACUUCGCCUACAACCUCGACCCCAACGCUGCCUCUGGCGGCACCAAGGCCGCUGAGGGCGAGCAGCUCAUCAACUGGCCCGACUGGGCUUCCAGCAAGCAGCUGAUCCAGUUCGACGCCGACAAGGCCAGCCUAAUACCCGACGACUUCCGCCAGCCGCAGUUUGAGUUCUUGCUGCAGAACUCGGCCAACUUGCACUUUUGA